GACCACCGAGAAGAGGAGCUACGAACGCGUGAGAAUCUUUUUGGGUCUGCCGGGAAUCGAACCCAGGACUUCUAAGCAUAGUAAGAUCAGUGUACUGUCUGUCAUGCCACGGUUGCACUCGUUAUGAUAUAUUAAAAGAUAUUAAAAAAUAUUUGAUUAUCCACAUGGCUACACCGGUAUUAACAAAAAAGCAGCAAAGACAGAGUUUGUCAGCUAAAAAAGGACCUAUUAAAGGUUUGCGGAAUCUCUUAGCACAGCCUCAUGAGAACUACUGGCCUGUUGUGAAUAUCGAUCAAUAUCCAACAUUGAUAAAUCUUAUGAAUGAGUUAUUACCUUUGAUAAAACGGCCAAGUUUCAAAAUUUCUGGAUCAAUGUUUAGAUAUACCUCAAAAGAAGAACGUAUAUUAGCCAGAAAAGAAGCAUUAGAGAAAGAAAUCAAACCUGAUAACAAUUUAUUAAAGUCUGUGAUAUUGGGUAUCAAUGCAGUUACCAGAGCUUUAGAAAAGAACAAUAUAUGUUGCAUUUUAUUAGAUGCCAGUGUGGAACCACCUCUCUUGGUAAAACACAUUGUUGUUAUGGCACAGAACAAGAAAGUACCUGUUCUUUUAUUACCUGUUUUGAAGACAGUCACCUUACAAACUAUCGGAUUUGCCACAGCAGCUUUUGCUUUAAAGCAUGAUGUAAUGCAAUCCUCAGACAAUGCAUUCCAUGCAUUGUACCAACUAGUAGCGGAAGUGUUUAAAGAUUUUGAACCCCCAAAAUGUUCGCUGCAACUUUUUAAAUCUGACGAGACACAUGAGGAAAGUACGAUGCAUGAGGUGAAGACAAAUGCAAAUUGUGAUCCAAAUUCAAAUAUUUCAAAAUCAGAGAAGUCUGAUGUUGUAGUUACAGACAUAUAUAGAUAUAGGUCUUCGCGAAAAGAGAGAGCUUUUGUGCCUCCAACUAGGAACAAGGACUGUCAAGUCCCGCAAGCAAUGUCGGAUGGACUCGUUGUUUACAAUAAUGAUCUUGAUUACGUUGACAGUAGAAAUUUUAUAAAUAUAUCGGAGAAUAAGGAAGACACAAAUAUCUGUGAAAAAGAAAGUCAAUCCAAAGAUGCAGAAGAAGAUGAAAUCAAAAUAUCUCUUAAUGAACCAAAAUUAAUUACUAAUAGCACGGAUUCAUGGAAACAUGUAGAUCAUAUUUCUAGAAAACGCAGAAAUAGCGCUACUUAUUUAUCACUGAAAGUAAAAUGCAUACAAGGAAAUAACAAUAGGAUAAAGGCGACUAAAAUUGUUAAAAAGAAAAGGAAGUAAUAUAUUUUAAUAUAUUAUUUAUACGUUUCUAGAGUAAUACAAAAGAAAAAUAAAUUGAGCUAUGUAAAUAUGUACAGUUAAGCGGAAAAUAAUACAAUGAUGUUACUAUACACUAAUACAAUAUUAUAUAUUAAUAUGAAACACCAAAAAUGUACCUUUUUCUCUUAUAGAUCUUGUUAUUAUGUACAAAACUUAAUCCUAUUUUUUACACUGUCAGUUCACUGUGUGGAAACAAUUUCAAUUUAAACUACCUAACGCCAAAAACUAGCAAAAGAAGUUCUAUAUUUGUAUAAUAUAAUGUGAUAUUAGAUUAACACAUUAUAAUAAAAUUUUUGCAUAUCAAAGUGGACUUGAGUCAGUCUUCUGUGU